UAGAACGCGCCGAAAUCUAACUUUGAAGAUCUGACUCUCUUUUUACAGAGUAAUGAAUUUUUAUAACAUUUUCAUCAGUAAUUAUACAGUUGCGUUAAUUUGUUGAGUUGUUAUUCGUUGCGGACAGGCAAUAUCUUUUUGCUCACUUUAGGUUUCCUCUUCCUAAUAAUAAUAAGAAACACUUAUCUGGAUCUGUUCUAAAUUAAACCAUGACGGUACCAUUUUCAGGUGCGGAUGGCAGGGACCAGCACUCGCGCAUCCACACGCGUAGCACGCCCGGCUUCCUGGAGCGUCUUAGCGAGACGACAGGGGGGAUGUUGGUGGGAGUAGCGUUGUUUUUCCUCUCCUUCUACGUGCUCUUCACCAACGAGGGCAGGGCAAUACAUACAUCUUCCUCUCUAGACGAGGGUCUAUCUCAGAUCGUCUCCCUACAUCCAGACACUUACGUGGAUUCCAAGAAUAACAACCGCCUCAUCCACCUGUCUGCUCCCCUGCGCACAUCCCAGCCUUUAUAUGAUCCAAACUACAAAGUAGCAGUUCAGGCUGUGAAGCUGAAGAGAAGUGUGGAGAUGUACCAGUGGGUGGAAUAUCAGGACACCCGGGAAUACAAAGAGGGAGAUGAAACCAAAACAGAGACUACGUAUACGUACAAUACGGAGUGGAAAUCGGAGGUUGUCAACAGCAGACAUUUUGAUAAAGAGAUCGGCCACAUGAAUCCCAGUGCAAUGGCAGUGGAGAGUGUAACAGUAGUGGCCCCUGAGGUCUGGCUUGGACAGUUUUUCCUCUCCAAAGGACUGAUUGAUCAGAUCAAUAAUUUCCAGACUCUGAGUCUAGGAGGACUUCCUUUUACAGACCCCUUUCUGACUGUGUAUGAAAAUUAUUUCUACCACACUGGCAACCCACGGAGACCAGAGGUUGGAGACGUGCGUGUACGUUUCUCCUAUGCUGGACUCAGUGGUGAAGGUUACUCUCCUGGGCCAGCUCAGACAGUGAGUGUGGUGGCCAUGCAGAAGGGGGAUAACCUGGUGCCUUUUAGGACCCAGUCAGGGGGCAUGCUGGAGAUCCUCUACCUGGAAGAGCUCACUGCUGAGGAGGUGUUUGCAAGAGAACAUCAGCUCAAUAAUAUGAAAACGUGGGCUCUGAGACUGGCUGGCUGGCUCCUCAUGUUUCUUGGCAUCAGUCUGACCACACGCAUCGUGUAUACUCUCGUGGACUGGGUCCCUGUCCUGAGAGAUCUGGUCUCUGUGGGUCUGAAGCUCUUCGCUCUCUGCUUGUCCUGCUGUCUCUCGCUCCUUACCAUUGCUGUCGGCUGGCUCUUCUACCGCCCCCUGCUGGCAGGGCUGAUAGGGGCACUCGCGCUUCUCCCCAUCAUAAUUGCCCGGUUAGGAGCACUUUCGAAGAAACAAAAGUGACUCUUAAAGAGCAGGGCAGUGGUUUCAUAAAUUCAGAUUUGUCCAAAUUAAACAAAGUCCAACUGUGGCCACUGUCCUUUCUGAUUCUCUUACUGGACAUUCUGGCCUUUUGGUGAAGGCUAUCUAGCUAACCAACAGAUCUGCCUUUGUGAUUCACCACUGCAUAAGCACACUUAACGUUGCGUCAUGAUCUCAGCACUGUGCUGCAUGGUGUGAUUUAAUCUCACACACACACACACACAGACAGUAUAUAUAUAAAAUCAAGUUGCCACUGUUGAGCCCCUGAGCAA